AUAUAUAAUGUGUUAGUAGUGUAAACUAAAAGUAAAAAUUCCAGAACAUAAGAAAAAUCAAUUAUUUACUGCGGCAGCAACUUGUCAUUGCUGAGUAUAACUUUUGCGGGGGAGUUCGUAUGUGCUACCAUUCAUUCACAUGGAAUUAAUUUACACAAACCAAGGGAAAUAACUGACUGCAUUAAAUCAAUUGGAAAAAAGAGUAAAAUUGCCUAAUAAGAAAAAUCGGAAAAACAACAAUUACAGAAGUUUAGUGAAAGCGUGUGAACGUGUAAAAAUAAAGUAAAAUUCACAGGUGGGGGAAUUUAUUUAUAUCCACCAGUUUGCGGUGGUACACUUAGUCUCAAGGUCGUCAAAGUCUAACACACAAAUAUGGCCAUCAGUUUUGAGAAGCAUCGAGCACAAAUUCUAGCCGCUUGGAAAGAUGUUCUGGACGACAAAAGCACAACAAAUUGGUCACUCUAUGGCUAUGAGGGACAGACGAAUGAAUUAAAAGUGGUGGCCAGUGGUGAAGGCGGUUUGGAGGAGUUAUGCGAAGACUUAAAUAGUGGAAAAAUCAUGUACGCAUUUGUGCGUAUAGAAGAUCCAAAAACAGGACUCAAGAAAUUUUUGUUAGUGAAUUGGCAAGGUGAAGGAGCCCCAGUUUUGAGAAAGGGUACUUGUGCUAAUCACAUACAUGAUGUAACGAAAUUAUUAUCUGGAGCUCAUUUAACAAUAAAUGCACGAAACGAAGACGAUAUGGAUUUGGAACGCUUAUUAAAAAAACUAAGCACAGUAAGUUCGGCAUACAGCUUUAAGGAACCACGCUCAAUUGUUGAGGAGCAGAAAACGCCAGUUGGCACCAAUUAUACACGUGUAAUACCAACAAAAGAGCUGAAUCCUAGCGUUAUGCAGGAUUUUUGGAAAAAAGAGGAGGAGGAAGAGAAACGGCGUGUGGCUGUAGAGAAGGAAACUAAACGUUUACAAAUAGAGAAACUGGAAAAAGAACAACGUGCACGUGAAGAAAAAGAACAUCAAGAACGUGAAAAGAAAAUUAUUAGUACCACUAAAUUGCAGUCUGCACAUGUGCCUAUAAAAACAUCGCCACAACCAUUAAGUCCUGAAAAAACUGUUGCUGGUUUUAGUACCGGAUUGACUGAAGCUGAACGUAUGCGUCAGCUACGCAAUCAAGAGGCCAGAGAAUUGAUUGGUUCGCGUGUGGGCGCAGCAAAAGCUAUUUUCACAAAAAAUACUAGUGAAGGACAAUUGCAGACAAAACUUAAUACCGCACCGCCAGCCAAACCUGCACGUACUUCAAUUGCACAACGCAUAAAUGCUUUUAAUCAACCACAACAACAGGAAGAGCAACAUUAUCAAAAGGCUCCAGCCAAAAUUGUACUUCCUAAAGUGAAUGUAGAUACAUCCAGUAAUAUACAAAAUACAAACGAAAUGACAGCUUCGAAUAAUACAACAACUGCAAAUUCCAUAACAUCAUCAACUGCUAGUAACGGCGAACUUGAGCAACCUGUUAAACCAGAAAUGACAGCUAUUGCUAAUAAUGAUGAUAUACAGCCAGUGGAUGAUUACUUGGUAGACAAUGAAGAGCAAUUUUCAACUAUUAAACGUUCGCCUCAUAGCAAAUCAAAUUCCUUACAAUCUCCCGAUGAGACAUCAUCAUCAAAUGCUACAGAUACUGCUGUAUACCAGGAUCAAGAUGAUGAUGAAGAGGAAGUUGUGCGCACAAAAGUUUCUGUUACAGUGCAGCAAUCUCAAUCGACGAAGAAUGGCAUGAUUACUUCUUUAGAGAGAAACGAAUUGGCUGAUCUUGUUAAUGAAGAUGAUUUCAUAUGCCAAGAUUCUUUAGGCGAUUUGGGGUUGAGAGCAAGAGCUUUAUAUGAUUAUCAAGCAGCUGAUGAGUCUGAAAUAACUUUUGAUCCAGGCGAUAUUAUAACGCAUAUUGAUCAAAUUGAUGAAGGCUGGUGGCAAGGGCUUGGACCCGAUGGAACAUAUGGACUGUUUCCGGCAAAUUAUGUCGAAAUUAUUAACUAAAAAGGGAAUUAAUAAUUAUUAAAAAUCAAUAACAAAAAUAAAAAACAAAUAAACAUUUUAUAGAGUAAAAAUUCGAGUCAAUAACCAUAAUUAUUAUGGCAAUACAAUUUUUCGUAUUAUUAUUUUUUUUACAAAACACAACUUAUUUUAUGCUAAGCCAAUGUAUACAUUCUUAAGCAUUUUUAGAAAUUAUUAAUAAUUUUUAAUGAAAACUUGAAACUAGUAAAUAAGCAGCACACAUCUCUCUCUCUCUCUCUCUCUCUCUUAAAGUCUUUAUCAAGAAAUUUAUACUGCAAUAUAGACGUAAACAUAUAUAAUCCAUUAUACUAUAAACCUAUUUAUAUUUAUGCGCAACAUUAAUAUAGUAUUUAAAGACCCUAGUGCCAAGCAUAAACUUUAUUGUUCUUUAUUACAUUAGAAAUUUAAAUUAUUUUUCAUUAUUUAUCAAUUUU